UUUCUUCCCAUUCAAGGUUGUUAUUAGAAGAACCAAUAAUUUGGUAAUGUAAACAUGCAUGCAAAGCAAUAAAUCAUUUGCCUUGCUUGUGAAGAGCACACAGUUUGUGUCCUUCUCAAGUAAAGCAAGCCAGCUACAAAAACUAAAACCCAUAGACAUAGAUGAACGAAAUCAAAAACCAUUAUCAUCAUCAAAGGAAUCCCUUUCUUAUGGCACCAAUCUAACUUUUCCUUCACCUAUAUAUACAUGUAAAUAGGUCCAGCUUAUUAUUGGUUCUGGUUCUUCCUCAACAAUACACCCUCCAUUCUCCAUUUUGCUUGCAUACAUACAUGUCCUUAACAGGGCGUCCUCGAGUGAUCGUGAAUGGAGUCCGAAGAACAAGAAGUUUCCACUGUUUCUGGUGCCUUAACUGCCAACGAACAGUGAGAAUACCUGCUACCUAUCCAAACGGUUCUCUCUGCCCUUAUUGCUUCAAUAGACUCCGUUAUGAGCUUGACAUAACAAGGCCAACAAGGUUUCUCUUCACCAACAACAACAAUCUGGAACCUUCACCAGCUUCUCAGCUAUUGAAUGGCCUCGCUCUCAUUCUCCAUCCACCUCAACACAAUCAUAACCGAUGGGAAGGACAAGAAGAAGAAACACUAGAAAAUCAACAAGAUCCACGAGCUUGGAUUACUCUCAGAUUCGUCAGGCCAAAUAACAACGGUCCACAGAGACUUAUGCCUCCACCGCUGCAGCCGCAACCGCAAGCCAACAAUAACAGCGAUCCGAUUGAUGAAUUCAUUCAAAAUUUGGUCGAGAAUAAUAACAACCGGCCGGGGCCGCCUCCGGCUUCGUCUUCGGCCAUCGCAGCGUUGCCGGUGGUGAGGCUGGCGCGGGAACAAUUGGCUAGUGAUCCGAACUGUGCAAUAUGCAAAGAGGAAUUUGAGGUAGAUGGAGAAGUGAGGGAGUUGCCGUGCAAGCAUUUCUACCAUUGCGAUUGCAUUCUACCAUGGCUGCGCAUCCAUAAUACCUGCCCUGUCUGCCGCUAUGAGCUUCCUCCUGUUCCGGCGAGUGAGAAUCAGAAUAAUAAUCAUAAUCAUAAUAUUAAUAAUAAUGAGCAGCAGAGGUUUAUUAGCUUCAACUGGAUUUUGAGACAAAUUGCUUCGAUCAGUAGCCCCAUUCGUGCUAUCUUGGAUUAUUGGACUCACAGACAUUACUCUAAUCACCAAGAUAACAAUGCUCCUGCUCAUGAUGAUGGAGGUACUAUUAGCUCUUGGUGGAGAGAAUUGUUCAUCUUAUAGCCUCAAAG